AUGAGUGAAUCGUAUCCACCACCACCAGCUUACGAAGAAAUCGGCAAAACUUUAAUACCUGAAAAUUCUGAUUCAAAUCAGCAAGCAUGGUAUAAAAAAUUAAUUGCAUUAAAAUUCACUGAACAAGAAGCAAAUGAAUAUACAAAAUUAUUUGUAACAAAUGAAAUUGAAAUUAAUAUGAUUCCUGAACUUAGUGAUGCUAUUCUUCGAACGAUUGGCAUUGAUAAAGCUGGACAUCGUAUUCGAAUUCUACGUCUUCAAAACAAAGGUAAUAUUUCAACAGCAGCAGCAGCAGCACGUCCAAUAAGAGUUGCUCCUCCAGUUGUUAAUAGUCCACGAUGUGCUUGGCAUCGAAAUGUAGUAGCUAAUGAAAAAUGUUGUAAAUGUAAACGACUUGUAUGUUUAAAUUGUCGUCGAGAAAAAGCAGGCGAUGGUACUCGACGAUAUUAUUGUCAAGAAUGUUAUGAUGAAUGUAUAAUUCUUUGA